AUGUCCAGCUCUACCGUUCCGCCCCCUUUUGUCCCCGUGCACGACUCUGAGGAGUUUCUCGCCACCGAGCUCCUCCCGCUCACCUCGGCGACGCUCACGAUCCGCAUUAUCAAGUCGUUUCCCUUCCGCACGACCAAGAACCUCGUCCUCAAGGACGUCGACCUCACGACCAUGACUGUGGGCCAGCUCAUGGACAAGUGCCGCGAGGCCGUGCAUUCCCAGGUCGGGUUCAAGCUCUACCGCCAGGUCCAGCUCGACACGCUGAAGAAGUACACUGUCGCGCACGGCCACAAGACGCAAAACCUCAUCAUCAACCUGGACCACGAUGAGUGGAUCCUCUCGGACAUGGCGCAGACCCUCGUCGCCGUUGGCUGUGAGAACGAGACCGAGCUGUCCCUCUUCAACCGCGCUGCCUACGACGAGUUCAAGGCCCACCCCGAGACCAAGUGGGACUAG